CGGACGCGUGUUCUUCGGCUCUGUGUGUAGUCGUAAAUUGUCGAACGUAGAUGUACCUCCCUCUGUUUAUAAAUUGCCCGCAGUGAGUCUAAAAUUUGUCAUAUGUCUUGACAUCAAACCAUCUUCUGACGGCUUGCGAAUCGCUGGAGGUCGCUCUUGCGUGAAGCCUCCUAGCCUCUGCCUUUGGUCUCCGCCAUGCGCCUUGCGUCCUUCGGCCUACCGCGGAUUAUGGUGCGGCACGGCUCCAUGGGGUGAGCAACGCUUGCCCGUCACCUGGGGGGCCUCCCCGCGAGCAGCACCCAUGCCGGAGCGGCCCAUGGGCGUCAAGGCCUCGUCGACAAUGUGUGGCGCGGCUGGCGGCUCCGUUCAUGCGUCGGGAGCUGUCGGAAGCGGCCGAGUGCUGGGUAGCCUGCCACAGAGGACCAUGGACUUCAGCCGCGACAGACUGGGCCAGCGGCCCUUCCAUGAGGCCACCGGCGACAACAUCUGCCCCAACAUGGUGCGCGGCAUCGACAACAUGCGCGACCCCCGACUUAACAAGGGCAUGGCCUUUACGCUGGAGGAGCGGCAGCGGCUGGGAAUCCACGGCCUGCUGCCGCCCAGCUUCAAGACCCAGGAGCAGCAGGUGCAGCUCUGUAUGACGAACCUGGCGCGCUACCAGGAGAACCUCAACAAGUACAUCUAUCUGAUGGGCCUGCAGGACCGGAACGAGCGCCUCUUCUACCGCCUGCUGUCGGAGAACGUCGAGGCCAUGAUGCCGCUGGUGUACACGCCGACUGUGGGCCUGGCGUGCCAAAAGUUCGGCCUGAUCUUCCGCCGUGCCAGGGGCCUCUUCAUCAGCAUCCACGACAAGGGGCACAUCUACGAUGUCCUCAAGAACUGGCCGGAGCACGACGUGCGCGCGGUGGUGGUGACGGACGGCGAACGGAUCCUGGGCCUGGGCGACCUCGGCGCCCAGGGCAUGGGCAUCCCGGUGGGCAAGCUGUCGCUCUACACAGCCCUGGCCGGCAUCAAGCCGCACCAGUGUCUGCCCGUGGUGCUGGACGUGGGCACCAACACGCAGGACCUGCUUGACGACGAGUUCUACAUCGGGCUCCGACACAAGCGGGUGACUGGCUCCGAGUACGACGAGUUCAUCGAUGAGUUCAUGCAGGCGGUGGUGAAGCGGUACGGACAGAACACGUUGAUCCAGUUCGAGGACUUCGGGAACCACAACGCAUUCCGGUUUCUGGAAAAGUACAGGAACAAGUACUGCACGUUUAACGACGACAUCCAGGGCACGGCGUCGGUGGCGGUGGCCGGCCUGCUGGCCGCCAUGAGGAAGCUGAACUCGCGGCUCUCCGACCACACAUUCCUCUUCCUUGGGGCCGGAGAGGCUUCUCUGGGUAUCGCCAACCUGUGCGUGAUGGCGAUGGAACAAGAGGGUCUUUCUUCGGAUGAAGCCCACGGCAAGAUCUUCCUCAUCGACUCCAAGGGCCUGAUUGUCAAGAACCGGCCGAAGGGUGGCGUCACGGGCCACAAGGUCGAUUACGCCAAAGACAUGCCUCCAAUGAAGGCGCUGGCUGAUGUCGUGAAGAAGCUGAAACCGACGGCGCUGAUUGGGGCUGCCGCUCAGUCCCAGGCGUUCACCGCCGAUAUUCUGAAGGACAUGGGCGAGUUCAACAAAGAGCCCAUCAUCUUCGCCCUGAGCAACCCCACCAGCAAGGCGGAGUGCACCGCCCAGCAGGCCUACGAGGCCACGCAGGGCCGGGCUAUCUUCGCCUCGGGCUCUCCUUUUGACCCGGUCACGAUCGGCGGCAAGACGCUGUAUCCGGGCCAGGGCAACAACGCGUACAUCUUCCCGGGAGUGUCGCUGGGCGUCAUCUGCACCGGCAUGCACCACAUCGGCGAGGAGGUGUUCCUGCGCGCCGCCGAGGCGCUGUCUCUGAUGGUGUCGACGGAGGACCUGGCCCAGGGCCGGCUCUACCCUCCGCUGAGCGCGAUCCGUGACGUCUCACUCAAGAUCGCCGUCCAGCUGGCUGAGCACGCCUACAAGACAGGCACUGCGUCGCUGUAUCCGGAGCCGAAGGACAAGGAGGCGUUCAUCCGAGCUCAGCAGUACGACUUCGAGUACUGUAGCCCCCUGCCCGCCACGUGGAGCUGGGAAGGCGUGUCGAAUGGCCAGUGAGCCCCAGCCCGACCCCGGCGACGCUGGCGCCGCCUCCCGGCCGACCACGGCCGCCAUCUGACGCGGGACCGACCCUGGGCCGACCGCACCGAUUGGCGGGCUGCUUUGUGUCAGGAAGGGAAGCAUUGUAGAACGAGUGAAAUGCAACAGGGUCAGAUUAUGCGUAAAAAUGCUGUAGCAUGUCUGACAUGAAGCAAUAGACUUGUGCGUUCUUCCGCCCGCGCUGCCCCCCCCCCCCCCUCCCGCCGCUCUUGAGCGGCCUCGUUGGUAGAAGAUACGUCUAUCAAACACGACCAACCUGUCCAAAAUUAUUUGCUGGUUUGCCAGCUACUAAAUCAGUGAAGCGGUAGAACUCGUUUACGCAUGCGUUGUUGAUGUCCUAAUAUAUCAAGUGUAGUGAAUGGUGCCGGACUGAACGGGAACAAGUAUAAAUACACAUCGUACCGUUAGUG